AUAAGAUGUUUGGCAAAACCUUCAACGAUUUCUGGUGUUCAAGACUAUUAAAAGAUGGAAAAGAAACUUAUGAAAAUCUUCGUAAACAAUUUACAACAAAAUGGACUCGAAUGCCUUCUGAAAAUUUGACACCACCUUUUUUGCAAGAAUUGGGAAAAUUUAGAGGAAUAUUACAAACAGCAGCUAAUGCGGAUGUUAGCGUUAGAAGUAAAUUUGAGCAAAACAAGAGAGGAAUGGAAUUGCUUAGUUUAACUGAGGUUUUUUUUGUUUUUUACGAACCAUGGGUGUCACGAGUCGAGAAUAAAGUUGGGCCGUUAAUAAAUUUGAGUCGAAAAACUUCGCGUUUUGGUCUCGGGUAA